AUGUCCUACUCUUACAACUCUCAUGCUAGGGUCUAUGGACGGCGCGAUGAUCGAUACUCGUCUGGAUCUUACGGCCGCUCUUCCUACGGCGAACGUGGGUAUGAUCGAGAGAGGGACAGAUAUCGUUCAGCUCCCUAUAUCAGUUCAUACCUCUCCAGGCCGUCAAGUUCUUAUCGCAGCUCGCUUGCCAAUCAUACCAGGGAAGAAGGGCCACGCUCGCAUCGCACGAACGACUCAGAUCGGGCCGAUCAUGCGGGCAGCAAAGUUAGUGAAGACCGUAAUGGGAUCAAGACUAGAGAUCUAGGGUAUGCAUUCAUCGGCAGAGAAAAGCAUCAUUACCUUAAAACUGAACUGCGUAGUCAAUUGUCCGAUGCCGCUGGAAAAGAAGAUAGAGACGAAUCGGAAGGGUCACCUGCAGUCCGAUUGACACCUAGAGAUGUCGUAGAAGAAUGUCGGAAAUCAGGUCAUCUUGAUGCCAUCCGUAAGGAGAUUCUGCAAGAAUUUCAAGCAUCAAAGUUGAAAGAAACUUUCUUUGAAAGAUUAGAAAAGUAUAUUCUGGAAAGGAUGGAAGCACUGUCUCCCAAAGAACGACAGAAGCUUGCCGGGCAAGAUCAAAGGUUGCAACAUGCUGAAUUGACCCGCUGGAUCGAAGAGGGAAAAGGAGCAGCGGAUAUCUUUGAUGAUUUGUUUAAACAAUUGCAAGGAAAGAGCGGAGAAGAAGAUCAGAUUGGCAUAUUUGCUCAGCAAGAUGGACGAUUAGAGAAAGAUAUUCGCGGACGUUUGCAAGACGUCAUCUCUGACAAGAAGAGGAUGCAAAGCGCAGCCAAUGAAGCCGACAGCGAUGACGAAGAAGAUAGCAGUAUGAACACACCCAUUUUCAAAUCUAGUGCCACACCUUCAGGAAGGGAUACGCCGAGAGAUGUAGGAAGUAUGGGAGGAAACCAGACACCCCUGCCAUCAUGA